UAACAUAUUUUCAGCACCACUUGAAAACGUUCUAUUCUAUUACAGUUUCCUGCAUUUGGCUAACCUUGGCCGAGUCCGGUACCCUUUAUCUGCCGAGAUGUGACAAUUGCAGUUUCCUGUUCGAACGCACCCCAAGGGGAGAAAACUCAUUACGGAAGAGGCGGGAGUUAUAAUCGUAAGUAAACAAAAACACCUUAUCAGCUGAUCAUAAGAAAUGAAACUGAGAUGAGUGGAAUAAGGAAAGAGAGUACAGUUAAGAGUGUUCCUGCGAAAUGUGAAGAAUGGCUAACUACCAGGAACAAGAGAAAGGCAUCACCAGUUCAAAAACCCAUUAAAAAGCACAAGGCCUCCUCCACUCCUCUGAGGGAAAUCACGAGGGACAACCAACCAUUUCUGUUGACCCAGAACUCUCCACCUCCACCUCAACUCAAGACAUGCACAAAGCAGAGUGACAUUAAGUCUUUCUUCAAGUCACAGAAUCAAACAGAUCACCACGGUAAACUAAAAACUCCUGUACAAUUGACAUUUAAAGACGAUGAGGGAAUCAUUUCUUCUGAUGAUUCAGAUGAAGAAGAUCUCAAAGAAAACCUGAACUUAAGAUCACAAAAUAGUCCUCUAGAUAAGGGAAGUAUUUUUUCAAGGAAACAAAUCCAAACUUUGGAUGAUGAAGAGAGUAAACCUCAAUAUGUUCAAAAAGAAUCUGAAAGGAACGAACAUUUCAAGUCAAUAUACAAGAAUGACAACGUGGUUGAUUCACCUUUUAAAAGAGGUAAUUGUGGAAACCUGAUUGAUCAGUGUGUUGGAAGUAGAAAGAUACAAGUACACAAACCUGUACAUAGAAGGGAUUUAAUACGUAAAGAUAUUCAUACAGAAACAACAUCUCUUCUAUCCUCAAAUAGGAAAGAAGUUCAUCACAUGUCAUCUUCAUCUAAAGGAAAGUAUUGUUUUGAUAAAGACGAUGAAACAAACCAUGAGCAGGAACGUUUGGAACAAAAAAAGAUAUCUCAUAAAGAAGAUUGUGAGUUCACUGAAAUAGAAUUCAGCAUGCCUGAUAUUUGUUCAGUGGCAGCAAAUAAAAACUCUAAAGAUAAACGGUUAACAUGUGACAGAUUUACAUGCCCAGUGUGUUGUGAUGUGUCACCAGAAAGUCUGGCUUGUAGCUGUGACAAUACAUCUUGUACAGAGACAUCAACAGAUCAGUGUAAUCGCCCUCAACUCAUCAACUCAGAAGAGGCUGACCAGGAACUUGACAAUUUUUCUUUGUCUUUAAAUACACAAUAUUUUACUUGAAAUAUAUGUAGUUAUUUUAUUUGUGAUAAACAGCUGCCAGUUACUGUAUGACAUGAUACGUACGUGGCUACUUUGUUUUAAAUCUAUUUAGAUUGUUGUCAAUACAAACUUUUGUGGAUAUACCUAAUACAAGUAUAUAAACAAAUAGUAGACAAGUAUAUCAUGUAAACUUGUACAGUGUAUAUAUUUUCAUGGUUCCGUAACAGCCAAAAAAAACCCACGAAUGGUUCUAUGCAGGGAACAUUUUUACGUCAUGAAAUACACUGACACUGUACUAGCAAAGGGAGAGACACAUCAUACAUAAUGUAGUACAGUAUUAGGAUGUAAUGAAUGGGAGAUGCUGCUUCCAGAGCAAUACAGACACACUUCCUGUGGUCCAGAUUUCAUACAGUCAGUUGCAUGUGUAAUUGUAACAUGUUUCAUUUAACACCAACACCUUACCUGUCAUGUCCUUUCUUUGUUAUAAGUUUGAAUAAACUGAUCAGUCUAAUGGCUCUCAUCUCAUCAACUCAGAAGAAGCUGAACAGGAACUAAACAAUUUGUCUUUGUCUUCAGAUACACAAUAUUUUACUUUAAAAAUUCAAAGGCCAAGUGAGCUUAUUCCUUAGCGCGGCAUCCCUUUAAACGACUUCUUCUGAAUAACCAAAAGGUCCAGGGUGUUGAUAUCUGACCAGUAGUAUGCUUGGAUGAAAGGAUUCCAAGUUUGUUGAAAUUAAUGACCUUGGCUUAUAUUCAAGGUCACA